UCCAUAAAACAUUUCUUAAUUAUCUUACUUGCUCUUGUUAAUUAUAUAACUAUGGCUCUCUCCAAAGCUAUAUUUGCUUCCAUUGUCAUCUCGCUGUUCCUCAUCCAGUUUUUGCAUGCUUAUGAAUCGGUCAACACACUAGGAAACAACCAAAUUGGGAAAAACAUAGAUUGCGGGUCGGAAUGUAAUAGAAGAUGUGGCAUGUCAUCAAGACAACAUUUAUGUUUAAGGGCUUGCGGAACAUGUUGUGCUAGAUGUGGUUGUGUGCCUCCUGGUACUUCUGGUCAUGAAGAUGUUUGCCCUUGCUACGCUAGAAUGACCACCCACCAUGGCCGCCGUAAAUGCCCUUAA